GUUCCCAGCACUCCGCACGAGACUUUUGACACGGUCCCCAGCACGCGCAUUUGCGUCCAGAUCGCGGACUGUGCUGGAGGCGAGGAGGUAACGUUACAGUGAGACCAACUUCUGAUCCUGUAAUAUCUCGGAUUAUACUAAAAGGAAUAUGUAUACGUUACGAAUCGUGAUCUUUCUCGUAUGUGGUUUCGUGUUACUCAAGGUGUGCAGUGGCGCCUCUGUGGACAGGUAUGAGAGUGCCAAACCCAGAACCACAGUGGUCAACCUCUUUCACACCCUAGAGAAAAUAAACACAACGGAGCACCAGGUGGACAGUGGGACUAUUGUGGAUGAAGAUAACGAUUAUGAUGAAGACGGUUAUCUCUCUGAGGAUUAUGACUCUAACCAGCCAAGAGUGGCAUUUUCCACCAAACCCAAACAUCCAUCAGUGAUUCCCACUACUGAGAAGAAGACAAAAAAAGGAAAAAGGAAGGGCAAAGGAAAAGGCAAGGGAAGAAAGAAGAACCCCUGCCUGGAGGAAUACAAAGAUUUUUGCAUUCACGGAGUGUGUCAGCAUCUGAAGGAGUUGAACACUCAUUCUUGUGUUUGUAAAGCAGGAUACUCAGGAGAGAGAUGCCAUAUAUUUACCCUACCAGUUGGUAAGGAGGAACAGCGUUACAGCCGGACCACAGCUCUAGCGGUCAUAGCUGUGGUCCUAUCCCUCAUGUGUCUCGCAAUCAUCGCUAUUCUGCUGGCACUAAGGUACCACAAAAAAGAUGAUGCUGAUGUAGAAAGAGAAGAAAAGGUCAAACUUGAAGCAACGUCAGUACAGAAGUGAUAAGGGAAGAAAGGGCGAAGAAAGCCAAAAGGACAUGUGACCCAUGGAUAGAUAGCCCCCAUUCAAACUGAUCCUAUGCCCUUGAUGUCCUGCAGUCAUGGUGGCUGUCUACACUGGCAUGAAGGAUGUUUUGAAUGCUGCUUCCAUGUGCAGUACAAUGUCCUUAUCAAUGUAUUCCCCUUGUGGAGAACAUACUGAGAGGACUGAACCGAAUGAAUGUAUUGUGACUUUAAUCAAGUUGCUUUUUUGUUUGUUGCUUAUUUAUUUAUUUCAAAAAGGGUGUUUCUGGUUCCCUUUCCAAUGGUCUCUCCCAUUGCGUAUACAUGCUUAUGGGGGAACUACUGUUUACUCUUGAUACUGAAGCCUGAUUUGUUCACGUUCGUGUACCUGCACAAACAAAUGGUGCUUCAACCCACCAAAAGGCGGGGAGCCAACUACUAUAUAAGUCGUCUCAGAGCGCCAUUCGUCAAAAUUUUCUCCUUCAGCGACUCCUUGCUGGACUCUGAAGCAAGAAACCGACGCCGAAGCUGACGCUAGAAGCCGGAGCUCAGCAGCUCGCCGUAGACCAGCCCCUGGCAGCGGAAGAUCGCUGAGCUCCUUCCCUGCAGCCAUCCGGCAACUUAAAAGAGCAAAUUCUGAGCAAAUUUCAAAAGCAGAUGGGCACGGUGAGUGUGUCGCUUGACUGGGCUGCGCUCACCGGGACUGAUUACCCUAAUUGCGAGAGCUUCACUCUCGGAUCGUCCUUUUCAACAGAGGCAGUCCUCCACAGCCUGCUUCCUCAUUUCUCCCCACCCAGGAGCCUCGGAGGAAGAAACAUCGGGGCAGCAGGAAUCCCCUGGGCUCAAGUGAUGUCAUGCUGGCUCAAGUCCCAUGUACCUCACUCUUCCCGCAGCACCUCGAUUCGCUGGUGUGUUUCACACGUGAGGGCCAGCGCCCCUCUAUGUCAUUGACGGCCUCUGACACAGAGGACUGGGCAUGUCCUGGUGAGGACCCGGAUCCCCUCCCAUCCUUUCAACCAAUACGGCCCAGCGUGGACAGCGAGCUGAUCCGCGUUCUCACGAAGGCACGCCUCCUAUUCAGCUCGUGUUAACUCUUCCACUUCUGCUGCUCUCACCUCUGUUGAUGGUGCUGAAGAAAAAGGAUACAGCAAGCUCCCCCCUUUGGAAGAGGCGAUUGCUGCUCAUUUGUGCCCUCCAUCAGCUUUGGGGGUAAAAGCUCAUGCAGUGCAUCCGUCUAAGCCCUGCAGAACGACCUCCGCUCUGGCGAAUAGAGCCUAUGUAGCGGUUGGCCAGGCUGGCUCAGCGCUUCAAAAGAUGGCGGUGCUACAAGUGUUUCAGGCCAAACUCCUCCAUGGCAUGGAUGAGUCUGGACAGAGUCCUGAGGCCUUCAAAGAACUGCGCACAGUGACUGCCCUGGCUCUGCGCACUAAAAAGGCCACUGUGCAGGCGAUCGUCAAGGCCAUAGCCAACGUGGUGCUGGAGUGCCACCUUUGGCUUAACUCAACUGAAAUCAGGGACGCUGACAGAGUCGCUCUCCUGUCUCUCCAAAGGGACUGUUUGGCCCAGCCGUGGAUGGAUUCACUGAGCGUUUUACAGCAGCUCAGAAAUCCUCGCAAGCUAUGCAGGACUUCAUGCCAAAACGUUCCAGUUCGGUGGCUGCUACAAGUCACCAGAAGGCUCCAUCCACUCAACAGCCUGCCAAAGCUGCGCCAUUAAAGUCCCAGCCUCCUCUGAGAUCUGAGCCUGGGCUUGAACAGCGCUUCAAGAUGGCGAAACGAUUUCCAUUUCCGAAACGCCAAGGACCCCACCCACAUCUGACGCUGGAUCCUGAGCCUCAAAAGCUGUCCUGAUCAGCAAGAGAGGAAGAGGAAAGGGCUAAGUCUCACAGAGGCUGGAUUUCCCUCAAAGAAGGCUCAUGUCUGCUUUCCAUUCCCCAGCCUUGUAGGCGAUGGAAGCUCUGUUCUAACUGGACCCGCCCUUCAGCCCAAUAAAAUUACUGCUAUGACAGCGGACCCACAUGCUCAAAAGAGCAAUUCUCCUCUUCUCACUGCCAUGGCGGUCAGUUCCCUACCCCAUAGUGGCAAUCUGCCAAUCGAAAAGCUAAAACCACUGUCCAUCUGGCUUCAGGCUUGGAAAGCUAUCCCGGAUGUGUCAGGUUGUAAAAGUGUAAGGUUGUAUGGGUUGUAAAAACCAUAGAACGAGGUUACUCGUUCCAGUUCGCUCACAGGCCACUUCGCUUCAGAAGUAUUAUUCAAACUUCGGUAUAGCACAACGAUGCUCAUUUUCUCCAGGCCGAAGUGCAAACAUUGCUUGCAAAAGGAGCCAUAGAGACCGUUCCCCCAGCAAACAGCGAGUCAGGCUUUUACAACUGCUACUUCCUCGUUCCCAAGGAAGAUGGCGGGCUCAGGCCCAUUCUCGAUCUCAGGCAUCUAAACCGCACGCUUAUGAAAUGGCCGUUCAAGAUGCAAACUUAGAAACAGAUUCGAGGGGGUGGCUCAUCAAUAUACAGUCCUUCCAUUCGGACUGUCUCUGGCCCCACGCACAUUUAUGAAGUGCAUGGAUGCGGCUUUUCCCCUCUGAGGCAGAUGGGAAUCCGCACCAUGAAUUACCUUGACGACUGGCUGUUGCUAGCCAGGUCGGAGCAGGAACUUAUUGCUCACAUAUCGUUGCUACUCAACCAUCUAAAGCGACUUGGGCUAAAGAUCAAUUUAGCCAAGAGUUCUGUCAACCAGCCAGUGAAUCGUCUUCCUGGGGACAGUGUUCGAUCCAGCUCAAAUGACAUGUUGUACAGGGGCAGUGUAGCUCGCCCCGGUUCAAAUGAUCUGGUCUGUCUUCUAGAGGGCAGAGGUAGACCUCUUCGCCUAAGAAGACAACUUUUACUGCCCAAUUUACUUUUUGAAGCACCAAGAUGCCCGGGCCCACGAUUGGCCCUGCGCUCACUUGUAUGCCUUCCUGACUGGUGUACAGCACGCAGCCUGGACCCGUCCUCCUGUGACGUGCCACACGUGCUAACCUUUUUACAAGAGUUGCUGGAUAAAGGGCGCACCCAAUGUUCCACACUCAAAAGUUUAUGUGGCAGCCAUCGCAGUGAAUCAUGCUCUCGUGGCUGGCCAAUAAGUCAGUAAAAAUGACCUGGUCAUUAAAUUUCUGAGGGGAGCUCGGAGGUUGAACCCGCUUCGUCCUCACUCUGUGCCGACUUGGGACUUAUCUAUAGUCUUUAGGGCCCUACGAGGUCCUCCCUUUGAGCUGCUCCAGUUGGCUGAUUUGUGGCACCUGUCGGUCAAGACCACCCUCCUCUUGGCAUUAGCAUUGGUCAAGUGAGUAGGUGACCUGAAAGUACUGUCAGUCAGUGCCUCAUGUCUUGAGUUUGGGUCUAACGACUGUAAAGUCAUCCUCAAGCCAAGACGCGGCUAUGUGCCUAAGGUGCUCUCAACCCUGUUUAGAGCACAAGUUAUUACCCUUCUAGCUCUUCCUAGUUCAAAGGACGAGCAGGGUCCCAAUCCACUCUGCCCUGUUAGGACUCUUAGAGUGUAUGUUGAGUGCUCUGGCCCGAUUCAACACUUGGAGCAGCUCUUUGUAUGCUUCGGAGGCUGCUCUAAAGGGCUGCCGGUUAUGAAACAAUGACUCUUGUUGGAUAGUCGAUGCUAUAGCCCUGGCUUAUGCCACAGAGAGCUCACUGCCCUAUUGGGGUGAGGGCCCACUCAACUCGAGGAAUGGCCUCCUCCUGGGCAUGGUCCAGUGGGAUCUCUAUUGGCGAUAUCUGUGCGGCCGCCGACUGGUCGUCCUAUGUAUGUUUUACUAUGUAGUCCCCAGCGAGUUAAGCUCAGGGCUCAUUCAUACUCAUGCUUCUUAAGGGCCCUUAUUUCGACACGCAGAACUUCUUAGUUAUGCAAUUACUUAUAGCACAGUGCUAUUUGGCUGCGUUCCCCAUAACCGUAUAUACGCAACGGGAGAGACCGUUCGAAAGGGAACGCUCCGGUUACUAACGUAAUCUCGGUUCCCUGAGAUAAGAGAACGAGUGUUACGUAAGUUGUCGUGCUAUAAGUCUGCACGCGAGACGAUGGCUGCAGCUGACAGUCGAAAGAUUCUGACGAAUGGCGCUUUGAGCCAACUUAUAUAGUAGUCGGCCCCUCCCCUUUUGGCAGGUUGAAGCGCCAUUUGUUCAUGCAGGUAUAUGAACUUGAACAAAUCAGGCUUCAGUAUCAGAGUAAACAGGAGUUUCCCUCAUAAGCAUGUAUACGCAACGCUCGUUCCCUUAUCUCAGGGAACCGAGGUUACGUUUGUAACCAGAGCGUUUCUCCCAUCAGUCUAAAUCUAUAGUACUGUCGGAAACACCACAAAGCACUUGUAAUUAUUUAUUUAUAAUGUAUUGGUUAUUUAUUUUGAUAUGUAACAAUUUUGUGUACUGAAUGCACUGUUAGUUUUGUACAUGUUUUUAUUGUAUAGAUAUUUAUUAUUGAUAGAUACAAUCAAAUAAUAAUAGGACUGAAGUUGCAUAACAGACUGUACAAUCACAUAUGGAAGACCCUCCAGUAUAGUUUUAAUAAUAUUAUAGCUAAACUGUGAAAUAAACAGAUUUGUGGAGCUCUAAAAAUGCAAUAAAUUAAAUCACAUACUGUGGAGGAAUGUCUGACACAGGGCUUUGUAGGUAUAUCCAUUACUGAGAAAGUGUAGCUUAAAUUAAGUGAAAUAAACUAGAAUAUGUUUAUCAAAAUAUUUUUAAGUACUGUGUAUAGUAUAAAAUAACAUGAUUUCAUUUACUAAUUUUAAGCAAUGAUAACCAAAUAUUUUCAACCAAUGAAAUUACUGUUUCACUUUAAUAAACAAUUGUUUAAAAAACA